GCCUCCUGAGUCUCUGGAAUUACAGGGCCACCACGUGGGGCUUAAUCAAAACUUCUUGCAUUUUGAAAAUUUUGAUUUGGAAAUAUUUUGCUCUGAAUUAUUUGAAUAUACUUGUAAAAUUUUGUUAUCUGAGAAGCGAUGACCUCAUUGAUGAAAAUAGGUAGAGUUUCUUCCUACAGUGUUUUAAUGUCUGAUAGAAUUCAUCCAUAAAAGCACCUGUCCCUGAAAUUCUGCACUAUUCAUUUGUGUUUAACUAACUGCAUGUUUCUCCUGUUUCUAGCUUACGUCUGUUAAUCAUCCACCCAUUGCUGAAACAGAUUCUCAGAGAAACAAGACAGCAGAGACUAAAUUGCCAAAGUUGAGCCUGAGAACAUUUUGCUAAGAAUGCCUUCAAAUCUCACAAACUCGUGUCAGUGUAAAACAUCCCAGAAUGAUUUUGAAUUAGGAAAUACAGAAUUCAGACGAACCCAAGGAUCCGCUGUCCAGAAUGGAGAGAUCUUCUCUGAGUUCUCAAGCUCUCAGCUCAACUCACUUCCAGACAACGGUAACUCAAAUGCAAGGAAGGAGCUGCAGAGACUCCAUGGGAUUUUUCACUCAUGGUUGCAGCCGGAAAAGCAUAGUAAGGAUGAGAUUAUUUCUCGAUUGGUCCUGGAGCAGUUUAUGAUUAAUGGAAACUGCAGGGACAGAUCCAUUUUGAAAGAGAAAUGGGAAUCAAGUGGACGAAACCUGGAGAAAUUAAUGGAAGACCUGACUGAUGACUGCAUGGAGCCACCAGUCUUAGUACGUGUUCACAUGCAAGGACAGGAAGCCCUUUUUUCUGAGAAUAUGCCCUUAAAAGAAGUUAUUGUUCAUCUCAAAAAACAGCUAUCAGCAGAAAACACAACAGGAGAGAAUAAAGGGAUGUCCCUCCAGGCUCCUCAGGAUACUCCCCUGGAGACAAGACAAGGAAAUGAAGAUAAAGAAAAUGCAUGCAACAAUUUCUGGAAAAAUACUCAAGUAGAUGACAGUAUUACUUGUCAAGGGACUCAAACACCUUCCCUACUCAUUAUCCAGGAAGAUCACUGUCUUCGGUUAGAAGAUGGAGGUGCUUCUUGUGAGAACCCACACAACUCCAGAAGGGGAGUCACGUCUCACUCUGAGAAAGGGCCCCUGGAGGGACCUUCUUACCAAAACAUCCCUGUGGGGGAGCAACCAGAGUUUCUCCCCACCUCAGACCAGUCCUCCUCCGAGUUUGUCCCUGCCCACCAGAGCAAUAAGGGAGACUCCACGUGUGGGGGACACCAUGAAAAAUACCGUGGAGCUCAAAAGUCAUACAAAUGUAAGGAAUGUCCCAAGAUUUUUAGGUAUCUCUGUCACUUUUUAGCCCACCAGAGAAGACACAGAAAUGAGAGGCCAUUUGUUUGUGCUGAGUGUCAAAAAGGCUUCUUCCAGGUGUCGGACCUACGUGUGCACCAGAUGAUUCACACAAAGGAGAAGCCUUUCAAAUGCAGCAGAUGUGAAAAAUCCUUCAGCCACAAAACCAACUUGAGGGCCCAUGAGAGAAUUCACACAGGAGAAAAGCCCUAUACGUGCUCCCUGUGCCAGACAAGCUACCGCCAAUCGUCUACAUACCACCGUCACCUGAGGAUUCACCAGAAAAUCAGACUCAAAAGUGUUUCUUCCACACCAAAAGCUUCCUCAACUACUGCCCCUAUGUAAUUUAAGUGCGUAUAUUGCAUACAUGUGUAUUUCCAUAGUAUUUAUCCAUUGAGAACAUGCAAUGUACCUUCCUGAUUAUGUUGUCUCUCACCAUGAAAAUGUAAGGUUAAAGAGGGCACCGCAUGUGUCAAUUUUGUUCACUACAGUAUUCCAAGUGCUUAGAAAAGUGACUGAUAUUUCAUGUUUAAUAAAUAUCUGUUGAGUGAACAAAUUAAUCUGUAAUGUUCAUGUUAUUAGCCGCUUAGAAAUUUAAAAAAAAAUGUGCCCACAUGAAAAGAUCUAUCCUGGAGGACAAAACACCACUCCUCACAGUGGUCCAGAGGGGCUUUCACUACCCAUGGCCGCCAUCAUCCCAGCACACUCUAUUUCUGUAACCACAGACACCUAAAAACACCCUGAGCAGAGGUGGAUAUUUGAAGGCAGAUCUUGCAAGAUGACUUUUUCAAUUUACUGGAAAUGUUAAUAACUAAAUUAGGACUGAAUAUGACUGAUAACUUAAAGCUGCAGAAGGUAAUUUUAUGAACAGAUGACAAAAAAUACAACUACUUCCCAUUAUUUUCUUCCAAGAAUGGCAGGUCAGGAGGGAAGGGGAAUUUAUUUCCGGAACCAGCUUUAAAAGGAAGUUCCGAGAAAAAAAAAAAAAUCCUGUGCAGAUCUGAGGUGAAUGGGCAUGUAUUGGUGGGCUGCUUUCCACUAGGAAAUUGGAGCUCAAACCCACUGACUAACUAGAGGAUGUCAUGCAGGAAUGCCCUAAAACAUGGAAGGAGGAAUUGUCAGUGUAAAUUGUGAUGGUUCUCUCAUGGUCCCUCUCCAGAACUAUGGGGCUGUGUACAGUCCUCUAUUGGGUGGGACUCAUUUUAUUCGUCCUCUUUCAUGGGCUGUCUCCAGGUGUUUUGCUACUGUGGACAUUUUUGCAUAUGAUUCUUGGUACA